AUGAGCCGCCCCAAGGUCCUCCUCCUCGGCAAGAUUGACCACGCCCACGACGCCUGGUCAACCAUUGCCGACAUCGCCGACGUCAUCAAGCCCAAGUCCACCAACAGAGCAGACUUCAUCGCAGAGUGCCAGUCCGGCGCCCUCGACGGCAUCAGCGUCGCCUACCGCACCUUUGACUCCGUCUCCAUCACCGGCAAGAUUGACAGCGAGCUGCUCGACGCCCUGCCCAAGACGCUCAAGUUUAUGUGCCACAACGGCGCCGGCUACGACCAAAUCGACGUCCAGGCCUGCACAGCCCACAACGUCCACGUCUCCAACACGCCCACGGCCGUCGACGCCGCCACCGCCGACGUGACCAUCUGGCUCCUCAUCGGCGCCCUGCGCAACCUGCCCAUUGGCAUCCACGCCCUGCGCGCCGGCAAGUGGCGCGGCUCCCCGCCGCCCGCCCUGGGCCACGACCCCGAGGGCAAGAUCCUCGGCAUCCUGGGCAUGGGCGGCAUCGGCCGCAACGUCGCCGCAAAGGCCCGCGCCUUUGGCAUGAGGAUCCGCUACCACAACCGCUCCCGCCUGAGCCCCGAGCUCGAGGAGGGCGCCGAGUACGUCGAUUUCGAGACGCUGCUCCGGGAGAGCGAUGUCCUGAGCUUGAACCUGCCUCUCAACCCUAGCACCCGCCACUCCAUCGCCGCCCCCCAAUUCGCCCUCAUGAAGCCCGGCAUCGUCAUCGUAAACACCGCCCGCGGCGCCGUCAUGGACGAGGCCGCCCUCGUCGACGCCCUCGCCUCGGGCCAGGUCUCCUCCGUCGGCCUCGACGUCUACGAAAACGAGCCCGAGAUCCACCCGGGCCUGCUCGCCAACCCGAGCGUCCUCCUCGUCCCCCACAUGGGCACCUGGACCCAGGAGACGCAGCAGAAGAUGGAGGAGUGGACCAUUGACAAUGUCCGCAUCGCUGUCAAGGAGGGAAAGCUCAAGAGCAUUGUGCCGGAGCAGAAGGCCUUGGAGGCGUGA